AUGUCGGCAUUUCAAAAAUCCCAUUCCUAUUUAUUUAGCGACGAAGAGAAAGCAGAAUCUGGAUCGAUCUCUUCCUUUGGCUCAAAAAGUUCCAUCAAGAGAAGCUCGUAUAAUGGUUAUCAAUACAUUGCUAUAAGUCCGAAUGGUACUCAGAUAGUAACAUUGAAUACCUCGACUCAUCAAUUAAAAUUAUGUAAACAUGAUAAUUUAUCAAAAUUUUACACCAUAAAUUAUGAUGAAUUUAAACGUUACGAUAAGCCCUCGACAAAAAUAAAUUGGAGUUUAACGGUGUCUAAUGAAUUUACCUUGACAGAUGGAACUGAUGAUGUAUUGAUUGCUGUAUCUUGUUUUGAUGAUGAUGAUAUGAAAUGUAAGAAUCAAACUCCAGAUGAUGAAGUUGAGAACGUUUACAUGUAUGAUGAUAUGAAUAAACGUGCUGACUCGUCUACAUGGAUCAUUUCUUGUACGCAGCAUUCAAGAGUUUCCUCUUCAAUUAAUAAAAUGGGCGGUAUAGUCAAAUUCUUGGAUAACAAUGAUGAUAAUAAAUCUCAAUUGGUUCUUAUUAAUGCGCUUGGCAUCACUAAAUUCUUCAUAGAGCAUGAGACAAUCAGGGAAAUCAUUUAUAAUGAGGAUGGAUUGUAUGAAAAUGGCUGGACAAAUCUCUUUUUUUCUAACAAAUCAAUUGAGGAAUUUCAUUUUCCACAAAAAUUCUCUUUGGAAAUGCAAAGGUUACCGAAUGAUCAGACUUGUACUCAUUAUAUUCUGCAAAGUUUGGUAAAGGAUCGUUUUGUUGUGGAAACUUAUAAGAACAAAGUACAAACUGUUGAAAUGUAUAAAUUGGAAACCAAUUCAUUAGAAAAUACUUUUCAAAAACGUGAAGAAUCUGCUGCUUCGGUUAUCGGAAAAGGUUCACCUUGUUUCGCCAUCUCGAAAAACGAAUCUCUAUUUGCUUAUUGUCGUGGUACAAAUAGCAUUACCAUCUACCUAAUGGAAAAUGGUUUGGAGGUUACCACAAAGAAAUUCAAAGAGAAGAAUUUUCGUCGAAUACGCUUUUUUGAUUUCAUUCAAGAUGAUAAUCAAUUAUUGCUUGUCAUUGAGGAAGAAAGGUAUAAUGAAGUUGAGGGAGAUGACAUUACACUUGUCAUUGUGGUUUGGGAUCUAUUUAGCAGCUCGGAUUAUUGUGUCAGAAAAGUUGAUGACACAUUUCCAUUCUUUCCCGAAAAACGUGAAAAUUUAGCUAAUGCUGCUGGGAAUAUUUUUACCAUCACUGAACGCGGAGAUAUCAUUUCGAUAUUAAAAGAGUCAGAAAUAAUUAGGUUAUUGAAUCCCGUGAAUGAUUUUAUGGGAAAAUCAAUUUCUCUUGAUAAAUUUCAUGCUUCUUCCUCCUCAGCAAUGGAUUAUCAUUACGUUUAUGAUUCCGCUGGAAACCUUUUGGACUUCAAAACCGAAUAUAGUAAAGUUAUAAUUUAUAAUUCUGAACCUUGGGUACAUGACAACCGUUAUAAACGUAUCUCUGCUUAUCUUGAUGAUAAGAAAUCCAUUCAAUUAAUCAUUGGGAAAUCCACCGUUCAAGUAUGGCGUAAAAGAAGGGGAGGGACCGCUGGGUCUUCAUCUACAAGGGCUCUUGAAUUUAUUUGGACUCAUUAUGAAACAGAUAAACAUAAUAAAAUGGAAAUUCAAUCUUUGGCAGUUGGUCACAAGGAAUUCUCUUUAACGUUACUUAUCCCUUCUGGAAUUUCUCCCAAACCCGAAUCAAUUAAAAUCGAAUGGCCUGAAAAGGUUAAUUAUCCUAUAGCCGCAUGUGAAGCAUUGGAAUUCCUUGAUAAGAUAAAGAAUGAACCUUCGGGUCCAAAAAGACAACAUCAAUUUGAAAAUUUGGUACAGCAAACCGAAUACAUUAUAAAUAAAUGUUUAAUUAAAAAAUGCGGUUUAUGGAGGAUGUUGGAUAUUCGAUAUGAUGUUAUGGCCAACCUUAUUCGUGGUAAUCGCGUAACAACGAUCAAGAAUAUUUUAUCUCUUGAAUCUGAUGAUGGAAAGAAUAGUAAACAUUUGCAUACCCCAAGAAUAAAGUCUUGGAAUGGAAAUGACAAAGAAUUCACCGAUCUAGAGAUUGCUAUCGAAUGCACAAAAGGAGGAUAUCGUAAAGAUACAGUUAUAGUUAAAUAUUUAUUGGAUUAUUAUUCUGAUAAUGCAACAAAAACUUCAAAUUGGAUGUUUACAGUUACUAAAGCAAUCCCUUUCCUUUAUAAAUGUCAAUUAGAAUUUUAUGUUAAAGAAUUAUUUCAAAAGCCUUGUUUUGGUGCUAAUGAAGUUUACUUGGAAAAAUCAAGUAUUCGCAAUUCGGACAUGACCAAGAGCAGUUACAAGAAUAUCCAUGCAUUAAACGUAAAUUUGAGCCUUAUAAAGAGGGAAAAAUAUAAUUUUUUGCAAAGGAUAGUUACUCAAGGAAAACAAAGUGGAAAGGAGAAAAUUUCAAAUUUAGUGAAUAAGGAAUUCGCUACUCCUUCCCUUAUUAACCAAGUUUACAUGGUGCCACUUCCGGAUUUCACCGUAUAUCCUGAAGGAAUUGAUGAUAAACGAGAAGAAUACUGGAAGAUUCCUUUUAAACUCAUAAAAUUAUUAAUCUGGCCACGCGGUCAUAUAAUCAGAAGAGAAGAAAAGUUGAGCCCAUUCUUGAGAAUGAUAAGGAAUGACAAUAGCGCAGCAAUUUAUGACAAUCCAUCAAUAGCCGCGGUAAUUGAUUUCAAAUGGAACGCAGCGAGAAAAUAUUUUUUAAGACAUGUAUUUGUUUAUUUUGCAUUUGCAUUAACUUAUGCUCUUAUAACGAGUGCGAUUAAAGGAUCCAACAGAGUUAUAGCAAAAGUAGAAGCUUAUUUAAAUGUAUAUUCUUUUCUAGCAUAUAUGUUUUUUUAUUGGUUGGGAUUUUAUAUAUUGAAUACUGAAAGGGUUCAAUUAAAGUAUGAUGGAUGGAAAAGAUAUCUUAGUGUUUAUAAUUUCUUUGAUUUGUUUUCGGUCAUACUGCCAUUAAUAACGGCCACCUUACAAUCAUCUGGGAUGGUGGAAAAUAACCCACAUAUUUAUCGAAAUUUCACUAUACUUAAUUCGUUUACAAUUUUAACAAUGUGGAUGGAACUUUUUUUGUUGUUACGGUACUUUGAAAAGGCUGGAGCUUACAUCUUUAUUAUUGUCAAAAUCUUGCAAGAAAUUACAUCCUUCUUGAUCUUUAUUCUAUUGGUCGUCCUCGGAUUUGGACAUGCCAUGUUUGUUUUGCUUAAUAACACGGCAGAUAUGAAUCUUAAUGCAGAAAGCACUUCCUUCAAAAUCUAUGAUAAUAACGGAAUACCUGUACCAGAAUUCUCUCAAUAUGUAAUAAACCAAGAGAUUGAUGUGAAUAAACCGUCAGACAAUUAUUACACAAAUUUUGUUAAAUCUAUUGAAGCAGUUUUCUUUUGGACAAGUGGACGUUGGGAUCAAUUGGAUCAAUGGGAUUUCUGGCCUGUGGAUGUUUAUUCUAUAAUUGCUAGCAUCCUUCUCGUUACGAUUUUGCAGAACAUGCUGAUUGCAAUCAUGACUGGCGCUUAUGAAGAAGCAAAAGAAGAUGGUAGGCAUGCCGUAUUAAAAUAUCGAGCAGAAUUGAUAGCAGAUUAUGAAACAAUUGAUAAACCUCUGGGAAAUAGGAAAGGGAACCCUCGAUAUAUUUAUUUCAUUGGAAAAUCUGAUUAUAUUGAAGAAUGGUUAGAAAAAGCCGAGAAAGCUAGGGAAAGUCGUAAGAAUUUCUUGGCUGAAAUUGAUAACAAACUUUCUUAUGGAUACUCCAAUUCAAGUGGUGCUUCAAGUAUUGAUUCGAUUUCUAUCAAUUCACAAAGAACGGAACGACAAGCUCCAUUGUCUUUAAAUUG